AACCUCUUAAACCCCUUUUAAACUCACAAGCUUUCUCUCCAGUCUCCACUCCAUCGUCCUCUCCUCCACUCCCUAAAAUGGCGACAAAUCAUAGCUCCGAUGACGAAAGCACGCGCCUUUACCAUCCUUACCAGAGCUACGAGCUCCCCAUCAAAGCCCAGCACCUCUACAAGCUCCCCACUUCUCCCGAAUACCUCUUCUCGGAAGAGUCCCUCAAAAAGCGUCGAUCUUGGGGAGAGAAUCUCACUUUCUACGCAGGGACCGCUUACCUCGGCGGCUCCGUAGCCGGAGCUGCAGCUGGAGUUAUCUCCGGCGUCAAGAGCUUUGAGUACGGAGACACGACUAAGCUGAAGAUCAACAGGGUUUUGAACUCGUCUGGUCAUAAGGGUCGCUCGUUGGGUUGCAGGAUCGGGGCUGUUGGGCUGAUCUACGCGGGGAUUGAGAGCGGCGUUGUGGCGUAUGCGGAUAGGGAUGAUGUGUGGACUAGCGUGGUGGCGGGUUUGGGAACUGGGGCGGUGUUUAGGGCGGCGCGAGGGGUGAGGUCUGCGGCUGUGGCGGGUGCUCUUGGAGGGAUGGUGGCUGGUGGGGUUGUGGCGGGGAAGCAGGUUUUGAAGCGUUAUGCUCACAUUUGAAGAAGGUGUGAUCUUUAGGGACAGGCAGGCAUAUGGGAAUCAUAAAAAUCAUAGCUUUUGUGGGUUUCUAGAGUAGAUGACCUGUGAACCUUUUUAGUUAAAUUUAAUGAUAAGUUUUACCGUUUGGUAUCAUCCUCGUUUGGUCUUUGUUUCAUCUUUGUACACUCUAUUGGUGUUAAUGUGUUAUUCACCAAUGUUGGAGGACUUAUUUGUUUUAUAGUUGGCAAUUUAAUAAUCUCUACUAGCAUUUCUGAGUUUUUUUUAAAAGG